AUCUAUAAUAUAUAUGUAUGUAAAUAGUCGUAAAUUCGCGUAUUGACUAUAGUUGAAUAUAUGUGUAGAGGGACAGAGGGAAGUAGAGAUGGACUUCCGGUUUCCGGAGUCUGAGUCGCUGUAAGUUAUUAGCCGUGUUGCUGCUUUGCUCUUAGCCGUUUAGCUUACUGAGAAGCUGCUCCUUAAUUCUGCUGAUUUGACACUGCACAGGUCAUGCAUGCAACUCGGCCUGUAGGAAUGUAGACACCUUGCCACCACCACCCCGUGUCCCCUGUGUGUUCCCCAGGCUCCCUAUUUUACGCUUCUCAGCACAUAAUGUAGCUUAUGAUAUAGUUAUGUAUAUAUGUUAUAAUAAAUAAAACUCAUCUAAGUGCCAAUGUUCUCUAGAAAGUAGCUUAGUUGUAGCUAAAUAGCCUUAUAUAAUGUAUAGCUCCCCUUUCACUUAGUUUGCACACUUCCUAUAUUGCCUGUGCUCCAUACCUUCCAAAUGCUCUCUCUUCUGGGCGUGUCUUCCUUCGUGUUUGUGCACUGGCGUCGGUGCAGGAGCGGCUCACGCAACGAUGCUGCAUUUCCCUGCGGACGCACAGAUCUUCCCAUCGCCACGAAGAUGGAGGCAGAGUUGGACCAGUACGGCAAGGAAGUACUGGACUUCAGCUCGCAUUACGGCGGCGAAGGGAGCAUGUCGUACACCAUGUGGAACGCAGCCGGAGCCCCCAGCGUGUUCCCGAGCUCAGGGGACUUCACGCACACGGCUGUGUUCCGCACGUACGGACGCUGGUGGGAGGACGAGCGCGUAGAGCUGAGUUUCAGCCGCACGCCAUGCUCCUUCCACAGCCGAGAUUUCCUCGAGGUGGCGUUCGAGGAGCAGGUUUUCCCCACCGCCGUCACCGUUCUGGAGACGUACCACCCCGGGGCCAUCGUCCAAAUCCUCGCCUGCUCACUUAACCCCUACGCUGAAAACCACACGACUGAUGUCAGAUGGGAGGUGCUGUGGGCGGGGGAGCCCACCAAAGUCACCAGUCCUCAGGCGCGUCAGUUUUGCCCCCCCAUCCGUCAGAUUAGCUUUGCCACUAAUUUACUGCGUUUGGAAGUAAACAGUUCUCUACUGGAUUAUUACACCGAGCUGGACGCCAUUGUGCUGCGCGGCGUGCGCAACCACGUCAGCAGCAUCCCCACAUCCAUCAUCGCCAAAACCAAACCCAGCAAGGACAGCGACAUGCCCAGCAACGAUGUCAACCUGGGCAACGGCUACUUCGACAAACUACCAUAUGAGCUGAUCCAGUUGAUUGUGAGUCACCUGGCCGUGCCAGAUUUGUGUCGUCUGGCUCAGAGCUGUAAGCUCCUACAGCGCCACUGUUACGACCCGCUGCAGUACAUUCAGCUCAGCCUGCAGCCAUAUUGGUUCCGCUUGAACGAUCUGUCUCUGGCACACUUACAAUCCCGCUGCGCUCUCCUGCAGCGCCUCAACAUGUCCUGGACUGGAAACAGAGGAGGCGUCACGCCCAUCGGAUUCUGCAGUUUUAUCAGGGCGUGCGGAGCAGGCUUGGUGUCCUUGGAGCUGUCCUGUUGUCACUUCCUGAACGAAAUGUGUUUGGAGGUGAUCGCACAGACGUGCACGAGCCUUCAGGAGCUCGAUCUGGCAUCGUGCGACCGUCUCGAACCUCAGGCAUUCAACCAAAUCGCUAAACUCACACGUCUGCGCCGACUCGUCCUGUACCGCACCAAGAUCGAGCAAACAGCCAUAUUGAGCAUCCUGACUUUCUGUACUGAACUGCGACACCUCAACCUGGGCAGCUGCGUGAUGAUUGAGGACUACGAUGUGGUGGUGAGUGUGUUGAGCGCCCGUUGUCGUUCCCUCGCGUCUCUGGAUUUGUGGCGCUGCAGGAGUCUGAGCGAGCGCGGCCUCGCAGAGUUAGUGUCGGGCUGCAGCGGUUUGGAGGAACUCGACCUGGGAUGGAGCUCCGCCCUCCACAGCGGCUCCGCCCUCCAUGGUGGAUCUGCCUCAUUCAGACAUGCAGCGCGCAGACUGAGCCGCCUGCGCAGACUCUACCUCACCGCUAACCGCAAUAUCUGUGACGCAGACCUGGAACACAUCGCAACACACUGUCCUGCACUGGAGCACCUCGAUAUAUUGGGUACACGGUUGGUGAGCCCGGCUGCUCUACGCAGGCUGCUCCAGUCAUGUCCCCGCCUGCGUCUGCUGGACGUUUCUUUCUGCUCGCAGAUUGACACGCGGACCGUACAGGAGCUCGGCGCACUUUUCCCAAACGUCUCCAUCAAAAAGAGCUUCACCCAAUGACCCCUGACCUUUAACCCUACUCACUUUGAUGAUGUUCUUCUCAGUGGGACAAUAGAACCCUGUGGUCUGCUGUUCACAAGAUGAACACACAAUGAGCACAAAACUGGAACUUCAUGAUAUACUGGGUCAAAGGAGAUGCUGUAAUACAUACACACACACACACACACACACACACACCAUACUGGAUGAGAAAUUACCCAGCUCUCAGGAGCUCAGCUCUCUCUUAUCCAUUGUGUUUAUUAGAAAUCACCUGCGACUUUUGACUUGAUUUACACGCUUUUUUUUUUUUUUCUUCAAAUUUCUUGAAGUCGCCAUUUGUAAUCUCAGGGUUUUUUUUUUUUUUAAAUUCUGCCUUUAUUAUUUGCAGAGAGCAAAAUCCAUAUCUACAUCGCAGUGCAAAGUAAGCUCAAAUUCUCUGAAAUAUGAACAAUCAUUUUAACACUCCUAUUGUUUCCUUUUGAUGAACAUAAGAAAUAGAUAUUGAUUUUUUAUUUAUUUAUUUUUUUUAACAACAGGCAACUCGCAAACCAAGAGCCAUUCAGACUGAAAAUGAAUAAUAAUUGUCUGGUGUAAAAAUGAACUAACUUAAUGCUAUAUAGUGCAAAAAGGAAUUUGCGAUUAAGCCUUCUUUGUCUCAAGUACAUGUAGGUGAAGAUAAAAUAAUAAUAAAUAAUAAUAAACUGUGAUCUUUUUAAAAAAAAAAAAUCACAUAAAUUGAGGAAUGAUAGUCAUUCAGUUGCGGUCAUUUCGGGCAAACAAAUUUUUCUUUAAAUUAUUCUUAAAUGCAGUGUACGAGGUGUUGUAACACUGCCCCCUAGCGGACAGGUUUGCAUUACGUUGACGGACAAAAGUGCGACCGCCUGCUCACGAUCCCUGCAAAUGCUCACAGAUAUGAAGACACAGAAUUAUAAAUCAGGUCCAACGCCUAGUGCACACUACACAGUUUUAACCCAUUUCCCUUCGACAGCUAAUUUUGGCGCGUGGCGACAGUUCAGCACCAUUUACGUUUACAUUCAUGGCAUUUGGCAGACGCCCUUAUCCAGAGCGACUUACAGAAGUGAUUUGAAGUCUCUAUCAGUAAAUACAUCCUGAUACUGGUUCUCUAGGUUCACAUGGACUAAGAAUACCAUCAGUCGAAAAACUCUGUUGGGAAGGUAAUAUAGUAAGAAAAGUGUACAGACAACACAAUUUUUUAAAAUUUAUUUUAUACAGUACGCUUCACUAUAAUACUAAUCCUAAUACUAAUAAUACACAGUAUACUUCACUAUAAUACUAAAUACUAGUAUCAAACUUGCUGUUGCACUACAAUUCUGGGAAUCUGGGAAUCAGCUGAAUCUAUAAUAAAUGUAGAAUGCAAAUUAGAUUUGUUGGAUUUUAGUUUUUUUUUUUUCCCCUCAAUAAUUGUUUAAACAGUGCUCUGCAGAGACCGCUCCGAUCCUGUGGCCAUCGGCUGGCUUGAGGAGGGUGCAGGAUCCUCUGCACCCACAGCUUCUGGCUGACUUGGCAAGUCCGUGACCAUGUUCCCGUUCUCCUGCAGAUCUUUAAUCAGCUUGCCACAGGGAUCAUGGCUCUGGAAGAUGGAGACAAUUUCAGAGUAUCUCCAGAAUCUGCCCUUUUGAAGGAACUCAGUGACCUUGAUCUCUUCUUCAGUACAGUGCUGCGUGUACUUCUUCCGGAGAUGUCCAGGCAGACUGUACUGGGCCUUUUGGCAUACAUGGCACAGCAGGAAGGUCCUGUUGGGGGUUGAAUGUCCCUGACCUCAUGGCUUCUGUCUACACAUUUCUGUCUUAUAGACAACUUAUAAAGUGGCUUUCCUGUGAAAUUUUCUGUCUAAAACACUGAGAAAAGUCACAUUCUGAAAGAAAAAUGCAGGAAGAGUGAUUUUCAGUGUUUCCCUUUAAAGUUAUGGGACAAAUAUGAGCAUUACGAGUUUCUCAUUCUGCAAACGACCAACCAAGGCUCCUAUUUUUUUCCAAGCAUGUUUGAAUUGAUCGAAUUGCAUAGUUCAACCCCUCUGUACCUAGCUGCAAGUGCAGUGAUGAGAAACAGCCAACGAGAGCAUGUGAGGAAAUCAGAUUCAUCCGCUGGAACGCGCAGCAGAUCCCUGAAUCCGGUUUAUCAUCCUUCUGUUUGUGUGGGAGCAAGAGGGCAAAAUAUAAGCACAAUAACAAUAUUUCUAUAUAUGGCAUAACACGACAUGAUUCCUGAUGGCAUGCAGUAUAAGAACAGUUACCUUUUUUUUUUUUUUUUUAAACUAUGCACUGUCCACAUCUCCACAACCAAUAUUUCCACAACAUUUGCUCUUCUUUAUCUUUUUUUCUUGUUUCCCUACAAAACAGUGACAAAGUCAAUAGAAAGUGAUAGACAUAUCUCAUGUCUGAUUCUGAGGUUUUGGAAGUCGUGUAGUGUGCACUUGGCUUAAAACGAUUAACACUGUCCCAACACUGUCUCGUGUUAAUGUUUGAAUGUUCUGACUCGGCAAACAAUUUGGUAACACCCCCUUUGAAGUUAUUUCUAGACCAGGCGCAAGUAUUUACUGUAAAACGAAUGAAGCUUUCAUUUUAGUAGUUAAACUUAAAUAUCUUAAAUAUCUAUAUUGUAAUAUAGAUGGCAUCCUAUCAGGACCGAUCUACAACACUAACAGGACAAACACGAACCUAGACUAUACAUGCACCAGUCGGGGGAGGGGUGUACUGAUUAGAAGGGUUGAUUUGGUGGCUGUACAAGUAUUAUAGGACAUACAGUAUAAAUACCUGCUGUGUUAUUGUGAUUUUUAUCCGAAUACAGAUUUUUAUUUUUUAGAUAAUUUUUUAGGAGCAUAUCAGAAAUACAGCAAUGGAUAAUAAUUCUUGGAUAGUAAGGGUUAACAGGAAAAUUACGUGUUUAAUCACUGAUGAAAUAAAAAUAGCACUUGGACAUCUCUUGGACAUCCAGGCAGUGUUUUGAACCCAGCUCUGUACUACUGAUGGUUUUAUUUUCGCGUUUUGUUACCUAAGAAUUGGAUUAUUUAUUGAAGCUGUGAGUUAACAUGUGCCAUCAACAGUGUGUGUGUGUGUGUGUGUGUGUGUGUUCAUUGCAAGGUCUUCCAUUUCAUUCGAAUAACAUGCUGAAUGCUAAACAGUGUGUCAGUGCCUUAUAUUAAAGAAGAGAUGAAAGAGUGUAUGUUUGUGUGUGUGUGUGUGUGUGUGUGUGUAUGAGAAACACAACUGCGAUUGUAAUAAAUGUGAAUGAUAUGGAUUACUUUCUCAGUCGCUGAUUUCUCAAAAUGCCUUCAGAGCAACUUGAAGUCAAUAGACUAAGCAAACUGUGCAAUCAAAGUACAAAUUACACAAAAGGACAAACUGUAGGUUUUGUAUGCCUUUGAAUGAAAGAGCUAGCUCUUCUGUUUACCAUGCUCGCUAUUCGGAAGAGGCACAGCAUGAUUACAGGCUAGAAAGACUCGACUUUGAAAAAAAAAAAAUUAAAAAUUGCAAUCAUGAAUAGUCGUGCCGAUCUGUCUUUCAGUGUUUGUGUUGCUUUGUGUGUGUGUAAUAGUUUUAUGAUGAGACCCCCUGCUAAAAGGCGCGACCAAAAUGGUUUCAUAAUAGUAAGGCCGAGUUCCUCCAGGGGAAGAGAUGAUGUUUUGAUGACAUGCUACACAUGCUGAUGCAGCAGCGGCUUGUGACCGUAGACUUUGGUGGCACAGGAUGACAUUAAUAACGACAUAGCCUCAAACAAAAUUAAUUUGACAGACUUAUGAUAUAGGCUACUAUCUGGUGAAUUUUUAGAGUUGCAGUUUAGAGAGUCGACAACAUACAGUCUAGUAGCCAAGUGAACACAAAAGGUAAUUUCCUUAACCAGGGUUGCCAGGUUUCAGCAAAAUUUCCAGCACAACUACAUCCUAAAACCACAAAACAUACCUGAAAUUAGCCUAAAGAAUUCAAGCAUUGGAAAAGGGAGACACAUUUUUCUUCUUUUUCUCAGCCUUUGCGUGGGUCAUCGUGGUGCGCGCGCAUUUCUGAUGUACGGACGGUGUUAUCCGCUUCAUAAUCCUCCUUUCCCACUUCCAAACUUUGCCGUGUAUUUUACAGUAAAAAGGCUUCUGUACAUCAUAGUCACACUAUAUGCACUUACACAUUGCCUUUGUUCAUAGAAAUAUUUGAUACAAUGUUAGAUUAAAUUCUGAUUAUUCGCUUUCUUGGUGGCUACGGAGUAUUUUUCAACUAGCCCAAUUUGGCAUAAAAACCAGACCCUGGCAACCCUGUUUUUAACUGUUCCGUCUGCUUCUCUUCCUCUGAAAAUGUUCAUAGAGUGAGCAUGGGGCAGCGUGAUUCCUGUCCCAUUGGGCCUCUAUUAGGGCUUGUUGCAGUUCCCAUUUUUGACCACUAGGUUUAAUAAUAACACUAUGGCACUAAGUGAGCAUGCUGUGCUAUGGCUGUGCUAUCGCUGUGCUAUGGCUGCGCAACAUCUAGAAAGGCGAGCAGAUCAACGGAACAUCAGAUUAUAUCUGUCAAAUAACAUUUUUAAAAUUAUUGCUCACUCUAAAGAAUUAAUUCAUAUUUCAGUGGAAUUUAAAAUGUAUAGAGUUAUGAUUGAGGACUUAUUAACAUUAACAUUUGUUGAAUAUCUGAUAUACAGUAUAUGGCUGUGUUAAAUGAUACACAACACAGUUAAUAACUGAGACUAACACACAUACAUGCAAGCGCUCUUGCCUUUUUAUCCAGCAUGUCCAUUAAAAAGAUCUUUGCCUGGUGAUCAUGCUGCUUUGGAACGUUGUGUACAAAAAAAAUUGUGAUAUUAUUAAAUAUUGUUUGAAUAUUUCAGAGGCAUUUUAAAGGUGUCUGCCUUUUCCCAUCACUCUAUCUGCCUCCAAACUAACAUGGCAUCCAAACUAAAUUUAUACUGCUGUUGAGGCAAACUAGCAAAGCUUGUAAAUGUUUGUGAUGCUGUGCUGUAAUGUGUGGUACUCUCCUCCAGGGGGCACUAAACAAUACAAAAUGAGUUCCACACUUACAAUUUUAUUUAAAAGAAACCCUAUUUUCUGUCUCAGGAUAAUUUUUUUCAGUUGUACUGGAGGAGACAGUGAUGGACCUGGAGAGCACAUGGAAAGAAAAAAAAAUUAAUGAAUUUGUGAUUAAAACAUCAACAAGUUGUGAUUAAAACAACAUGUACAAUCUGUAAAAAUAUUCUUUGUAUAAUAAUAAUAAUAAUAAUAAUAAUGAUAAUAAUGAUGAUAAUAAUAAUUUAUAUUUAAAAUGAUUUUCUCCUUGUGUAUCACAAUAAAAAGGUAAUGUAUAAUAAUACAAUGUAUAAAAAUAAGUAAUUUUUGUUCAGAGAAAGAUGACAAGCACACAAAUAUGUGUUUCAGUAGAAAGUCUCUCACACACCUUUUGUUUUAUUACUCAAAAACACACCCAUGAUGAACGAAAGAACAGUGUGAGUCGCAGAACAAAACAAAAAAAAAAACGGCAGGCAAAUGGACAAAAUUUAAUAAUAAUAAUAAAAAUAGGUUCUGAUAAUAAUAAAAGGUAGAUAUAGACUGAGAAAAUGUAAACACUAGAAAUGAUUUAAUUGUUUCUUAGGCUUUCCCCAAGUCCUCUAAAUGAACUUUAUAUCUAGGCUAUAAAAUAUAUUUAAAAAUGAAAUGCAAUGUAUAACAUUUUAGUGAUAUUUUGCAUGUGAUAUUCAGAUAUUCAAUAUAUCACCAGUUUAGAAAGAUGAUGUAAGUUUGUAAUGUGUAACUGUAUUGACGGUCGUGUCCUAAUUUGUCCUAAGAAGUGCACUUUUCUUCUUUGCUAUAAACCUGUGCUACACUGUGGUAUGAAACCUGACCCUACUUUAGACACUGAAAGCAUCAAAACAAGGGACAUUGGUAUGAUAUGUAUAAUGGAUCAUUUGUUCUCAUUUGCAGAUGUUAUUCCUGAAAAAGUGUUUGUUAAGAGAAAAUUCUUUUUUUUUUUAAGUUACAAUUCAAGGAAAUUUACUCAAUAUAUAUCAAGAAUCAUGGAAACAUCUUUAGGAUAAUCAUAACCUAACCAUAACCCCAUGCUUGAGCUUGAUAUAAACGUGAGCAGGAAGAAGUUACUGUGGAUUAGGACGUGUCCCAAUAACUACAUAAUGACUGAGACAGCAGCACUGAUACUUUUUUCAGACACUAAGAUGGAGCUGUUUCAGGAAACCUGCUCAUUUUUUUUUCACUAUUUUAAAGCUAAACCCAUUACAUCAUCAUGUGGCUGUACAGAAAAAACUUUAUAUUUAUGCAUAUAAUAUAUAUUUAUAACAAGCAUAGAGGACUUUACAGGUUGUACUUCUAGCUUUCAAAGCUCAAAGUGAAAUUCCGCAGUGUUUAUGGACAGCACGGACAUCACCGUAGACAAAGAUUAACCACAUACGACAAAUAAAGGUUUUUAUUGCGUUUAGCUGUUUAUUCAGUGUAUUAAAAUUGCCAUUAGCUCUUCUUUCCUCUGCCCACACUCUCAUUGCUGUGAUAUUAACCCUUUCAUGCAUAGUACCACACUUACAGACAGUCAGUGUAAGGCUCUUGGAAAUUUUAUUUAUUUAUUUAUUUGGAAAAUUUAAGAUGCAAAUCACCUCCAAAUCACUUACUAUAAAUUAACAUAAACUUCUGUAUCGCUACAGACUAUUUCAUUCAUAAUCUUUAAUAACUUUAUACAUUAAAAAAAAAAUUUUAAGUAAAAAAACGCUUUUGUGCCAGACUCUGUGGAUUGCCUUCGAUUUUUUAAAACUAUUUUUUUGUUUGUUUUUUUAAAUUUGUGUUUUUUGGAAGAUUU